AUGACGGAUGGCGUGCUGACAGAGGCCGUGGACGGACCGCCUCAGGAAGGAAAGACGGCCAGAAGAGGUGUGCUGAGGCUGGCACUGCCCCAGCCCGGGGGGGGGGGUCGUGGGCUGGACCGGGGGACAUGGAAACUACACGCCGGGCUUCAGGCUCCAGCGGGCGACACCCUAUCAGCUCCUCUACAACUGUUCCUCGGAGCCACAAAGAGCCUUAAGAACCGGGCAGCUGCUGGCAAAGUCCACGCUGUUCCAUCCCAGUGCGGAGCAGGGACCCUCGUUGGAACAGGAGGAAAUGUCUCUAAAACCUAUACCACCCAGUUUACUCUGGCAGCGCGGCGCAGACCAGACUUUUAUAUGCCCUGGACGUUUGGAGCGGUGGGGGAUGAUGGACGAGGCCGGAAAGCUACCUGCUGGUACGAGGAACGGCCAACUUGUAAAGACGGCGCAUUAGCAUCGCUGCUGUGA